AUGGCCGCCCCACCAAGCAAAACCCUGCACACCCUCUCGGGCCAAUGGGCACUCAACAGGACCUACUCGGGCGACUUUUCCCAGAUCCUCGCUCUCCAGGGCAUAAACAUAUUGAUCCGCAAAGCCGCCACGUCGGCCUCGAUCCAACUGAAAAUCAGCCAGCCCGACGACUACCACGUCAGCAUGUAUUCGUCCAUGGCCAGCGGCAGGAUCCCCGGCAAGACGGAGGAGUACACGCUGGACUACGAGUGGCGCGCGGAGAAAGACGCGCUGUUUGGCGAGGUGGUGGCAAGAAGCCGGUGGAUUAGCACGGAUGAUGCGAGGGCCACGGGUGUCGUGAGUCCGGCAGACGAGGCGUGGCUGGAAAGCGGUGCGGAUGCAGAGGGCCGGUUGAUUUACGGAGAGGCCAGGAAGGAGGGCAAGUGGGAGGCGAGCCAUCUGUGGGGCUUUGAACUCAUCAAUGGUCAGAGGAGGCAUGUGAGGAGGGUUAGGGCGAGGAGCGCAAAGGGUCAGGAGUUGAGGGUGCGCAUGGUCUAUGAUUUUGUCAGCGAGUAG